AAAACCCUAGACCACCUCUCUGGCUCUCUUCGUCUCUCACUCCCCGUCUCCCACUCUCCUCUCCCCUCCCGCCUGCUUCUCUGGUUCCAGCAAUCAAGCCAACUUCGCUAGGCGCUGGUUCUUCACUGUCAGUGCCUCUGUGUCUCACGCCCUCCGUUGCCAGCAGCCAGAGUACCGGAAUUUUGCGGUUUCGGGUAGAAAUGGGUGAAGUGGAAAAUCCACAGAUUACUAGAAGAACCACUAGAUUAUCAUCGUUUUCAUCCUCUGGCAUGCCAAAUCCAAAAAAUGUUGAGCUGGAGUCGAAACCUCUGACGAUAAAUGAUCUUGCCUUCGGUAAUGAAUCAAUUAAUUUUGAUGAGUUGAUGUCCAGUUUACACGGCAGGCGACCUCAAAUUCGCGAAUUAUUACGCUUAUUAGGCCCCUUAAAUUCUCCAAUUUCUCCGAUUUUCAUGUAUGGAGGUGCCUCAGUUGGGAAAACAAGUACAAUUCUUCAAAUAUUUAAGUAUCUAAAGAGGCCAUUUGUGUAUUGUAGCUGCAUCACCUGUUAUAGUCCUAGGAUUUUGUUUGAGUCUGUAUUGAAUCAGUUAUUGCUACAUAGAAGGACUGAAAGCAAUGGUUAUUCUAGUGCAAAACGGUGUGAUAAGCCCUCAGAUUUUGUGAAUCUUUUACGGGAAGCUCUAGUUAAGGUUGUUGAGGAUCUGAAGAUGAAUGCGGAGAAAUCAGGAUCUAAGAAGUCAGCUCAAAGGACUAGUGGGAGGAUGGUUUACUUGAUAUUUGAUAAUUUAGAGCGUAUUCGAGAAUGGAAUAAGUCUGAGAUAUUGCCUUUCCUAUUUAAGCUUUAUGAUGUUCUGAAGAUGCCGGAGGUGGGUUUGAUCUUUGUUAGUGCUACCUCUCCUGAUACAUAUUACUCUGACACGGGCUGUGUAGAGCCUGUCCAUGUUUACUUUCCUGAUUACACAGACGAUGAUCUUCACCAAAUCUUUACGAGGAGGAGCCCAGGAAACUCGAAACUGUAUUCAUCUUUUCUCGAAGCGGUACUGAGACCUUUCUGUCGAGUUACAAGACGAGUUGAUGAGUUGUCAACUGCCUUUUCAUCAUUAUUCCAGAUAUACUGUGAAGGAGUUGAUGAUUUGGGGGCUGUUCCUGAUGAGCAUAUGAAGAAUAGAUUAUAUUGUCAUCUUAAGCCACAUAUUGGACCAGCAAUGAAUGAGGUAUUCAAAGUCUUGUCCAGGCCCUCCCCAGAAGUGGCCACCAACAAGAUCAAGCGCAAAGUUGUUCCAACAAAAGAUGGAUUCGGUGAAUCUUGUAAUGAGGUUGACUUUCACAUGUCCGACUGUGCUAAGUAUCUUCUUAUUUCUGCAUUCAUUGCUUCAAGAAACCCAGCUACUCUUGAUGCCUCACUGUUUGAUUCAACUGGAGGCUGUAGCAGUCGGAAAAGGAAGAGGAAGAGCUCUCAGAAAUCAAUGGAGCAGAAAGAAAUUGCAGAGCAAGAAUCAGUGAUGAAAGGACCAGGAACUUUCCCGUUGGAAAGAUUAUUAGCUAUAUUUCAGUGUAUAACAUCGGUUUCAGAAUAUUCAACUGAUGAAGAAGCAGAAACAGGACGAAAUAAUAAUAAUAAUGGGUUAAUGUGUGAUGUUCUCUUGCAAUUAUCAAGUCUGUGCAAUGCUAAUUUUAUCAGUAAAGGAGGAAGUUGCCCUUUGGAAGGUUCAUUACGGUAUCGAUCCAUGGUUUCUGAAGAUUUGGCUCUCAAGGUUGCCCGGACCCUAAAAUUUCCUCUGUCCAAGUAUUUGUACAGAUAACACCUGCCUCUAUGACUCUGCAAAUCAAACAUUGCACAUUCUGUACAAUGUCACAUAUUCUGUCAAUUGAAGAGGCGGUGACAAAUUAAUAGUUUACGUGAAAUUGGAGAAGCACAGCUGAAGCGACGGAAUUAGGACAGGAACACAAGCGGGAGAAGCACAGCAAAAGCGACGAAAGGAGGGGAUUACCGAAAGGAAAUUGUUCAGUUCCGUCUGCCGCCGCCGGAUCGUCAAUCUGAAAUUCAAAAGAGAGGGAGAGGUCGCCAUCUCCAGAGUCCCGACUCCACACUUAUCAAACUCUCAGGAAGAUCAUUACUGGCUCCAAGUUUCUCAAUAGCCUUGUGAAGAAGCUGGUAAGGUUGUUAGCAUUGAAUGCCUACCUUGGUUGUUUUCUUCUUUAAUCAAUUGGACAAAAGCACAUCAUGUGGUUGAUAUGGGGGACCCGAAUACCAACUUUAAGGAUUGAUUGAUUUGAUUCAAUUGCAAAAAGUUCAAUAUGCAUGCAUAUGUUGUGGUCUUUGUA